CUGUCAGCGUUGUAGUACAAGCUGUCACUGCUGAUAAUUUGUAUGUCCCUCUGGUAGUUGCAGUUUUCGGACAGCAACACAGCGACCUUCAGGACGUCGGACUCAAAGGAUUGUUCGCACUAACCUUUCUGCUGUAAGCUAACUGGCGAGCUAACUGCUAAAGUUAGCUAACAAGCCAAGCAGCUUUACAGCUAGCCUGCUAGCUUCUGCUAGCACUCGACGGUAGCUAGCAGCUAGCUUCGUUGCAGUUCGCUAUCCUGCUUGCAUUACGAGGGUGGGAAGCCGCCCACUCCUGCAGAGCUGCAUUCCGGACAAAAGAGUGCACAAUGGAGGCCCAAAGCUCCAGCGAGCUGCUGCUGUCCAGGAAGAGGAGAAGAGAGAGCUCCAAUCGGGAGAUCGAGGAGGGAGAGCGGCUUGGGAAAAUCCCCAGAUGUACUGUGGGACUGAAGUACCCUGCACCUUUUGCAGAUGAGCUGGUGCCAGCUGAUGGGAAACCUUAUGAGAGAGUUAACAUGGAGGAGGCAAAGAGGGGAACACCACCUGACAGACCGGUGCGAGUGUACGCAGAUGGCAUCUUUGACGUUUUUCACUCAGGUCACGCCAGAGCACUCAUGCAGGCAAAAUGCCUCUUUCCAAAUACACACCUCAUCGUAGGAGUAUGCAGUGAUGACCUGACCCACAAAUACAAGGGCUUCACAGUGAUGAAUGAGGACGAGCGAUACGAUGCUGUCAGACAUUGCCGAUAUGUGGAUGAAGUGGUGCGAAACGCUCCGUGGACAUUAACGCCGGAGUUCCUUGCGAAACAUCGUAUUGACUUUGUGGCCCAUGAUGACAUCCCAUACUCCUCAGCGGGCAGUGAUGAUGUGUACAAGCACAUUAAGGAAGCCGGUAUGUUUGCUCCCACCCAGCGGACAGAGGGCAUCUCCACAUCUGACAUCAUCACACGCAUAGUUCGUGACUAUGAUGUGUAUGUCAGACGCAACUUGCAGAGAGGAUACACAGCAAAAGAGCUCAACGUCAGCUUCAUUAAUGAGAAGAAGUACCACCUGCAGGAACGCGUGGACAAGGUGAAAAGAAAGGUGCGUGACGUGGAGGAGAGGAGCAAAGAGUUUGUCCAGAAGGUGGAGGAGAAGAGCAUCGACCUCAUCCAGAAAUGGGAGGAAAAAUCCAGGGAGUUCAUCGGCAACUUCCUGCAGAUGUUUGGCCCUGAGGGAGCUCUGAAGCACAUGCUGAAGGAGGGGAAAGGCCGUAUGCUGCAGGCCAUCAGCCCAAGGCAGAGCCCCAACAGCAGCCCCACGCGUGAGGAGCGCUCCCCCUCUCCCACCUUCCGUCUCCCCUUCUUCACCAAGACCUCCCCGCCUCCUUCGCCUCCGCCCCACCACAGCGGAGCCCGCGGAUACCUCAUCAGUGAGGAUGACGAGGAAGACGACGAAAACUAGAGCACAUUUGAAUCUUUCACUGUCGUUGGGUCGCAGUCAGCGCUACCAGUUAACAGAGCUGCUGAGUAACGUGAUUUCCAUCGAGCUCCUGCUUCCAUUUUUUUUUGUUUGUUUAUGAUUUUACUUUUUUUUUUUUUUUUUUAGCACCUCAGUGUCAAGUUAACUGUAACAGCCAGUUUCCUCACAGCUCUUAUUUUUAACCGCCAAUUUUGUCCCUUUGUUUUUUGCGUAACGGUCAGUAAAAGUCACCACUAGUCACCUGAGUUCUUUGAAAUUUAGCUUCGUUUAUUUCAGUCACUUUUGAUGUUGAGUUUAUUAGUCACUCACUGUCACUUGGGAAUAUUUGCAGGGGUUACACUGAGUGUGCGCUCCUCCAUCUAUGACGGUAUUCUUAAGGUUGACGUUGUAGUGGGGAAGAGGUUUUGUUUUUGUCAUGGCUUUAGUGGGAGGCCUCACAGGUUUUUGGUCACUCGCUGGAAAAGCACAUCUACUUCGGUGUUGGAUAGCUGAGACCUCAUGGAGACACUGUUGAAUCUCUCCAGGGGAAGUUUUUCCGAACAGAUCAGAAAACUGGACAUUUAAAUGAUCUGCUAAUGUGGGGCAGUUUAAAUCCUGUUCAACAAGUAAAAGUGAAACUCCAGAUUACAUCAAAUUGGAGCCGAACCUGAGAGCUGAGUGUUAUACGUCUAUUAAACAGCAGCUUUUUCUCCAAGUUUGUCUGCCUGCUUUGGGGCUGAGCGUGUAUGUGCAUGUGAUGUUUCUGCGUGCAUACUCUUACAUCGGCAUGUGUCUGUUGACAGAUCUGGGUACAGCGUUGAAUUUGCUGCACAUAACAAUAAAUUUGCUUUUAAAUGUUUUUGUUGGCUCACAAAAUUCAGUCUUUGGAAGACUAGUUUCAAACUGGGAGGCUUUCUUGUGGCGCAAGAAGAAAGUCUUGCAAGGACGACCCGUUUAAUCAUCGAUGUAGAAAUACUUAUUUUUGUAGAGUUCUUCUUUUCUUUCUUUAUCACUGUGCACAGAUAAUGAUCUUAAUUAUCUCCGUUUAGCAGUGCUUUCACAGCGUGAACAGUGAAUCAACUUGAGCAAAGAUGGCGUUAGAUAUUUUUUUCUUUUUGUAAUGCAGAUUCUGGGCCUGUAGGGAAGUCAUCAUUUUCAUCUGACUGAUGUGAGGAUAAUAGAGCAUUUUCAUAUAUCGCAGAAGACCUGAGAACUGUCUCAAUACUUCUCAUAAGAAUCUUUUGGUUAGUUGCAGUCAUAAGCACACUUUUAGGAAUGAGAUCUCCUCAUUGGUAGCACACAUACAUUGCAAAACAUACAAAGCCGUCCCAAAUAUUUCGGGCUUUUUCAAAUCUUGCACCACCCUGCAGGACUUCUGCUUUAGUGAACUGAGUCUGUUUACGCAAUUUGCAUCGGUUUAAAGGCUGGCAGACAGGCCUGCACUGUGUCAUACCCCUUUGCCACCAACGUGGUUCUGUUCUGGUUCCUGCACCAUUCAGAGCAAAAUAAAUUGGUUCAGUACCUGAAAAGUUGGCUCUCAGCUGGAACCAGAAAUUAGCAGGUUUUUCUUAACCUGAAGUGCAAACUGUGAAAACCUCAAUGGAAGUGUCAUAUUCUAGAGAUUUGAAAGAGAAAAUUUUCAAGAAGAGAGUGUGCACUGGCCUCAUUAGUAGUUGUUUUUGGGAUAAAAACAAACAACAAAGGCAAUAAUAGAGUGCAGUGACACCUUGAAGACAGGCUGUCUGUUAAGGGGCCCGACAUUAAUUAAAAAAAUGUAAACUUUAAGCCUUAAUGAAAUGUUAAUGUGUGUGUUAUAUAAAAUUCAUCCCCCGUACAGUGGUCAAGAACGGGGAAAUUAGCUUUAGAGACAGAAUCUGUUUUUGCACCUGACUGUAGACGUUUUUAUUUCAACUCUAAAGUUGUGCAUUUUAAUGUCGUGGUCUGGUUUGACUCGCUUCUUGAGCCAGCCUCAAGUGGUCAUUCACAGAACUGCAGGUUCUGGUACUGGCUUAAUUUUUCACCCCAAAUGGUUGCCGCUUGGCGUUUACUUCCAUUUUUCAACGCCCUCCACUGAAAACACGUCCUUGAUUCCAAUCAAAACUGGUGAAAACCCAGGCUGGUUUGAUUGAUAGCACCAACGUUCAAAGAAUCCUGAACAUCCAAGAACCAGAGCUAAUUUGGUGGAAAAGGGGUAAUACUAAUGUGUGGGGUUUGGACUCACUGUAUGCAUUCAUGAAACUUCAGAACUACAUUCAUUUAGCUACCUCCUUCUUCCCUGAACUGAUUCUUUUUCCUGAGAUGAGCACAACGAUUAAGCAUUAUUCUUCCUUUCUGAUUAGAGCCACUGUUGCACCACUAAGGCGAUGUGACUGGGUCCGACAAUUUAGAUUUUCCUGCCUCGGUGUCUGAAUCCUGCUUCUCCAGUAAUUAUUAAAGCAUGUGUUGUGUCUCCUAUAUAACCGAAAAUGAAACGUCACGGGUGAUCUGAAUGCAAUACCGUUAGAUGACUCUAAUAUAAAUGUUGACAGAUGUCUGUUCUAGGCUUGGAUUCCUAAAAAGAACUUGUGGAUUAAAAUCGAUCUUUGCUGCAGCAGCAAAGGCUGCCUCUCUUGGGAAAUAAAUAUAUCCCCACAGUUAUAUAUUCCUACUUUUGGUAGUAAAAGUACAGAAACCAGUAUAAUUUGCAGAGAAAAUCCAGCCGUGAUUUUGGUGCUAAGCUACUUUUGGGACACUUUGCCUCAAUUCUUGUGGCAUUUGUUCCCUUAAAUCAGUAUGAGCUUCUCAGUAAAGAGCAUGUCCAUGAGUUCAAGGUGGCAAGACUCAAGUGGCAAGCCAAUAACAGCCACUACUGCUAGAUACACAUGUAAAUGUUUUAACAGCGUUUUAAUUGUAUUAUUUUACUGUUUGGAGUUAAUUUUGUUGUUGUCCUGGAUGUAGAGGAUGGGCAAGAAAGGAAAAAUGUAUUAAACAUGUUGGCCAAAGCA